UCGAUCGGUCAGUUUCUCCGGUGGCUCCGAAAGACUCAAAAGCAAAAAACAACAAACAAACCCAUCGAAAAUCAGGGAAAUCGAGAGGAAAAACAACGAUAGUUGAAUAUUCUUGGCAACGAAACCAAUCGAAAGCGAUCGAAAGCGUUUGGCCAGCAAUUGAAUUGGGAGCCAUGUUUCAUCGAGGGACACGAGGCUGUGUUUCAGCCCUGAUCUUCACCAGCCUUUGUCUGGGCUUCUGCCGGGGUUACUUCAGUCUGGAGGUGGGUGAUCCCUGUCCCACGCCCAAUUAUCGUAGUCGCUGCCAACCCGUUGAAGAUUGCGAGACGCUGGCCUCACAUCUCCAAGCAGGACGACUCACCACGAGAACUGUGAUGAACUGCGGCUUCACCAGUCGCAGCGAGAAGAUCUGCUGUCCCGUCGAGGAUGCCCAGAGUAUGGUGCGGUUGGAUCCGCAGGUGGAGACAACCAGGGGAACCACUUCCACUACAAGUACUACUACUACUAGUACUACUACUACUACCACUUCCACCACCACAACAACAACUACAACUACUCCGGCACCAGAACCCUGGCUGAAUAUUUUCAAGACGGACCGCGAUUACGUGGAGCCAUCCGUUGGACCCACCCACCGACCGACGAGGGACAGCACCUCACUUAGGAAGAGCUCCGAUGGAGACGAGUGCGUGGCUCCCUUGUACGAGGGCCAGUGUCGAGCUGUUUCCGAGUGUUCCAGUGUGAAGCCUUUGCUGGACCAGGGACGACUGCGGGACGAGGACUUCACCACGUGCGAGAAUGGAGUACUGGAGGAGAUCAUCUGCUGCCCGCUCAACCUGCCGCUCCAGCCGCGCGUUCAAACGGUUCCGCGUCUGAGUUUGGGUGGGGAUUCCAGCGAAGCCGGUCGCCAGGAGGAUCCCCGGGAGGUGGCAGUCAUCGCUCGAGCGGAUGCCCUCCUGCCACUCUAUCGCCAUCUGGCCUCGCUGGCCCAUCCCAAUGCCGCCUUCGAUGGGCAUCUGCAUCACUGUGCCGCCCUCGUUCUGACUCCGCGACUCCUGGUCAGCGCCGCAGGAUGCGAGAAGCCCAGCCAUGCGGUGUUCGGGGUGGCCGACAUGCGGGACCUCGACGCCGACGAGGAUUACCUCGCUGACAUUGUGCGCCUGGUCCAGUUUCGAAGGGAUCUCUCACUCAUCCGACUGGAGGAUCCCCUCCGCUUGGGCAGUCAGACAUCGGCCAAUGUGAGUUUGGCUCCCAUUUGCAGCCAGUUCGAGCUGACGCGGCUUCAGGUGAGCGGCAGUUUGGUGGCCGUUGCUUGGGGAAAAGGGGAAGAGACCGACUGUCCGCUUUAUGAGAUGCCCAUGCGAUUGCGGCCCACGUGGGUCUGUGGAGAUCUGGCCAACUACGGCGGAGUCCAGGAGCUGGGCAGCUCACAUCUUUGCCUGGAGCCGAUGGUCGGUGACCAGGAAUUGCAGCGCUUCUCCAACAGCAGCACCUGCCAAGCCUGCCCGGGAUCAGUGGGCAGUGUCCUCCAUCUGGUGCGUCCGGGUGGAAGUCGCUGUGCCCUGGGCAUCGCCACGCCCACUGGCGCCGAUUGCGAGGCGAGAGCCAUGUACUUUACCGGCCUGCUUAGUCCGCAAUUCAGGCGAUUUGUGGAGCAGGAGCAGAGGAAUUAAUCCUCGACCCACGACAGUCAUCUAGGUUAAGUUAGGUCAAUCUAUACUCAAACUAUAGUCAUAGAUAGAAUCGAAACGAAAACGAUGCAAUUUAACAAGCAAGGCCACACUGGCAGCUUGUCCAAAGGAGAAGUAGUCAUACGCCUGGUCACAUUGGAAAAGAUUUAAGCUUUACAGCAACCUCUACAUGCCUAAGAUUAUAUCAGAGAACAUUUUUUUAAACCUCAAAGUAGCUUUAAAAUUAGGCUAAGAAUAAUGUGAAUAAAAUAUAUAUUUAUUAAAGUAUUUAUAAACCUGA